AUGACGACUUCAGAGGAACUGCUCCAAGAAAUUUCGGAGAAGAAAGAGCGAUUCAACUCUGUCAAUAAUGAGAUCCAAGGUGUUAUCAAUGAAAUUAAAAAUUUAAACAUAGAAAUAUCGGAAAUUCAAAAUGAUAUUACUAAUUUUACUAAUGCGAACAGACUCUUCGAAUCUAUUGAAGUAACAAGCAUAUCCGCUAGAUCCCUUAAUGAAACACCUCCUGAAAUACCUGUAGUCUUAAAUGAUGAACAUAUUGAAAUUAUUACAAAGAAGAAAAGCAACAUACGUCAGCUGAAACACACAACCCAGGAAAUUGCCCAAGAGCAGCAAGUUCUCGAAACACAACUCUUUGACACUUUGAUGGGCGUCAGCAACGCAAAUAACACCGUCAUUCAGCUGAAAGCAGAUCUUCGUACUCAUGAACAACACAGCAACUAUCUUCAAUCUAAAAUGGCCUGGCUAAAUGAUCAGUUAAAUGAGAGAAAUAAUGAAGUUCGCAUUAUCAACCAGACAAAGCGCGAGGCCGAGCAAGCAUUAGCUGCUCUUAAAGACCGCUUCAUUAGCAACACAACUCUUUCCGGUGGAAGGCUAGAUUUAGAAAAAACAAUUAUCUCUCUACAGAAUCAGUAUAACUCCCUUAUGGAAACCAUCGAUAGCCUCAAGAAUCACAUGGAUGAGGAUACAAGGCUCCGCCAAGAGAGCAAAGAAGCCGCAAAUAGGCAAACUACAGAACAAAACUCUUCUGUGAACUGGAUGAAUGAACGUCAGCAGCUUAGAGAAGAUUUACAAAAAUUAAACCAAGAAAUUUCAGAGAAAAAGUCAAAAGUUCAAUCUCUCGAAAAAACUGUUACAAAGAAGGUCGCAGCCUUUGAGAAAUUCGCUCCUCUUAUUAAGAAAUGGUCCAAUAAGCUUAAUACUGUCGAAAUACCUUCAGAAUCCGUUGCCCAAUUAAAUGAAAAAAUUUCACAGGCAAAAGCUCAAAAUGAUGAAGCUCGCAAGCAAUCCCAUGAAAAAAUGACUAAUCUACUUAUGGAAAACGCCAAACUCGAGAAGGAAGUCAAUAGAAAGAGAAUCGCACUAAAUAGAAUCGUAGAACAGUUCCAUACAGACGAAUUUGCUAUGAAGAAGGAUAACGAAGAGCAAAAGGCACAGUACGAACUAGAAGAAAAGAAACUUCUCGAUCAAAUUAACGAAGUUAAGAUUAAAAUUGCUCAGAAAUCAAUUCCACAGGCAAAGAAAGCAAAACAAUCGAGUCCAAAGGGUGAAAAGGCCAAAUAA